AUGUCUCACACCAUGAAGCAGUAUCUACACCUUCGAAAUUCUCAUGUGACUGGUGUAAUCUCUUUGAUAAUAAUAUUAUUGGGAGCAGUACAUGUGAAGGUAGCAGAAUGUAGGGAAUAUGAUGGAUUGAACAACGUUGAAUACCCUGCCAUAAAUUGCAGAAAUCACAGUGCAGUUUUGACAGAUUUUGGUGGGGUUGGUGAUGGAAAAACAUCGAACACGGAGGUGUUUCGAUCUGCAAUAAGCAAACUGAGCCAAUAUGCUUCAGAUGGAGGUGCAGAACUUACUGUACCACCUGGCAAAUGGCUAACGGGACCCUUCAAUCUCACAAGCCAUUUCACUCUUUUUCUCCAAAAGGAUGCUGUGCUUCUUGCUUCUCAGGAUGAAUCAGAAUGGCCCCAUCUUCCUGUACUACCUUCUUAUGGAAGAGGAAGAGAUGCUCCUGGUGGAAGGUUUAGCAGUCUAAUUUUUGGGACUAACCUCGUCGAUGUUGUAAUAACUGGUCAAAAUGGUACAAUUGAUGGACAAGGAUCUUAUUGGUGGUACAAGUUCCGCAACAAACAAUUGAAACUCACCAGACCAUACAUGAUUGAGAUCAUGUACUCUGAUCAAAUUCAAAUAUCAAAUCUCACUUUAGUCAAUUCCCCAUCUUGGUUUGUCCAUCCAAUUUAUAGCAGUAAUAUAAUUAUACAAGGGCUUACCAUUCUUGCACCAGUGACCUCUCCCAACACAGAUGGAAUAAACCCAGAUUCAUGUACAAACACUAUGAUUGAAGACUGCUACAUCGUUUCGGGUGACGAUUGCGUUGCAGUAAAAAGUGGGUGGGAUGAGUAUGGAAUUAGAUUUGGAAUGCCAACCCGGCACUUAAUCAUUAGAAGGGUGACUUGUAUAUCGCCAGACAGUGCCAUGGUUGCAUUAGGCAGUGAAAUGUCUGGUGGAAUUGAAGAUGUUAGAGUUGAAGAUCUCACUGCCAUCAACACUGAGUCAGCUGUUAGAAUCAAAACAGCAGUUGGUAGAGGUGGAUAUGUGAAGAACAUAUUUGUCAGAGGAUUGAAGCUGAACACCAUGAAAUAUGUAUUUUGGAUGACUGGGUCUUAUGGAUCACAUCCUGACCCUGGCUUUGACCCCAAAGCACUUCCUAUUAUUUCUGGAAUAAAUUAUAGAGAUGUUAUAGCGAAGAACGUCACAUAUUCUGCAAAACUUGAAGGAAUUUCUAAUGACCCUUUCACAGAAAUCUGCAUUUCUAAUGUUAAUAUCCAAGUGAGUGAACAACGGAAGAAGCUUCAAUGGAAUUGCACUGAUGUUGCUGGAGUUACAAGCAAUGUCACUCCUCUUCCUUGCCUAUUGCUGCCAGAAAAAGGGAAUUUCAAUUGUCCUUUUCCAAAUGACAAACUUCCCAUUGAAAAUGUUCGAUUCAAGACAUGUUCUUUGAAAACUGUCUUCUAA